GCCUUGCUGUGUUUUUCAGCUUCUUGAUUUGGUAGCAGCUGAGAGAAGUGGCAGAGUUUGCUGCUUCCUGCAGCUGAGACCAUGAGUUUUUUAUUAAGUUUGGCGCGUUGGCAAUGAGCGAUACAGCAGCUGUAUCGAUCACGUGACUUUUUCUUAAAGCGACGCACGGCAAGGCAUCGCUAGUGGAGCUUGAUACAUGCGUCGAUGGUGGAUGCUGUUUUUGUUAGUUGUGGGAGGACCUCAAGCAAAUGAUCAGAAGGUGCCUGUUGCAGAUGAUCGAUUGGAUUUAAGUAGUCUUAACUCUGGGAAUGACACUUUUCAUGGUAGUGAGACAUUUGGAAAUCAUACCUCACCCUUGAAUGCAAAAAGCCACAACACAACUAUGUCCUCCACUAACCAGUAUCACCCUGAAUCUGAAACCCUAAAACAGAAUGGCUCUGUGUCCAAAGAACCAAAGCCUGAUGUUCGGCCCCUACCAAAUCUACGGGCAUCUCAACCACGUCAGCGCAAACCCAAGCAGUCACAGGUGCCCCAACAACAACUAAAAACUUCCUGCCUACCCAAUAAGCAGCCUUCAUGCCGACCCUGUCCACCCCAGGGGCCUAGCUGCCGGCCCUGCCCGCACAAGGAGCAGUCUGCCUGCCGGCCUUGCCCAACCCUGAGCUGCCAGGUAAAGCAGCCCCAAAAGCCAGAGUUGUCAGAGCAUGUUGGUAAGCCAGCACUGCAUCAGCCUCAGGUGCAUCCACCCAGUGUGCCUAAGGAGAGCAAGCAGACAGUUUUGCAUCCACCCAGUGUGCCUCGGGAAAGCAAGCAGACUGUUUUGCAUCCACCCAGUGUGCCUAAGGAGAGCAAGCAGACAGUUUUGCAUCCACCCAGUGUGCCUCAGGAAAGCAAGCAGACCGUUUUGCAUCCACCCAGUGUGCCUCAGGAGAGCAAGCAGACCGUUUUGCAUCCACCCAGUGUGCCUCGGGAAAGCAAGCAGACUGUUUUGCAUCCACCUAGUUUGCCUAAGGAGAGCAAGCAGACAGUUUUGCAUCCACCCAGUUUGCCUCAGGAGAGCAAGCAGACCGUUUUGCAUCCACCCAGUGUGCCUAAGGAGAGCAAGCAGACAGUUUUGCAUCCACCCAGUUUGCCUAAGGAGAGCAAGCAGACAGUUUUGCAUCCACCCAGUGUGCCUCAGGAGAGCAAGCAGACUGUUUUGCAUCCACCCAGUGUGCCUCAGGAGAGCCAGCAGACAGUUUUGCAUCCACCCAGUUUGCCUAAGGAGAGCAAGCAGACAGUUUUGCAUCCACCCAGUGUGCCUCAGGAGAGCAAGCAGACCGUUUUGCAUCCACCCAGUGUGCCUCAGGUAAGCCAGCAGGCUGUUUUGCAUCCACCCAGUGUGCCUCAGGAGAGCCAGCAGACAGCUUUGCAUCCACCCAGUGUGCCUCAGGAGAGCCAGCAGACAGUUUUGCAUCCACCCAGUGUGCCUAAGGAGAGCAAGCAGGCUGUUUUGCAUCCACCCAGUGUGCCUCAGGUGAGCCAGCAGGCUGUUUUGCAUCCACCUAGUGUGCCUCAGGUGAGCCAGCAGGCUGUUUUGCAUCCACCCAGUGUGCCUAAGGAGAGCAAGCAGACAGUUUUGCAUCCACCCAGUGUGCCUCAGGUGAGCAAGCAGACAGUUUUGCAUCCACCCAGUGUGCCUCAGGUGAGCCAGCAGGCUGUUUUGCAUCCACCCAGUGUGCCUCAGGUGAGCCAGCAGGCUGUUUUGCAUCCACCCAGUUUGCCUAAGGAGAGCAAGCAGACAGUUUUGCAUCCACCCAGUGUGCCUCAGGUGAGCCAGCAGGCAGUUUUGCAUCCACCCAGUGUGCCUAAGGAGAGCCAGCAGGCUGUUUUGCAUCCACCCAGUGUGCCUCAGGUGAGCCAGCAGGCUGUUUUGCAUCCACCCAGUGUGCCUCAGCAGAGCCAGCAGACUGGUUUACAUCCACACCAUCUACCCACUCCAUCUCAGGUGACAAUGCACACUGGUUUGCAUCCACCCAGUCUAUCUCAGGUGACAAUGCACACUGGUUUGCAUCCACCCAGUCUAUCUCAGGUGACAAUGCACACUGGUUUGCAUCCACCCAGUCUCUCUCAGGUGACCCAGCAGUCUCAUUUGCAUCCACACCAUCCACCAAGUCUCCCUAAGUUGAAGCAGCAGACUGGUUUACGUCCACAUCAUCCACAUCAGGUUCUCCAGCAGACUGGUUUGCAUUCACACUCUCUGCCUCUGGCAACACAGCAGAAGGCUUUCCCACCCCUGCAUCUUCAGCCACCACAGGGCCCUGCCUUUCUGCCCCAGCACCCCCAUCCACAGGUUCCCCAGAAGACUGCCUUUCUGUCCCAGCACCACCAUCCACAGGUUUCCCAGCAGACUGCCUUUCUGUCCCAGCACCCCCAUCCACAGGUUCCCCAGCAAGCUGUCUUUCCAUCCCUGCACCCCCAUUCACAGGUGCACCAGCAGGCAGUCUUCCCACCCCUGUACCUCCAUCUGCAGGUGCCCCAGCAGGCUGCCGUUCUGCCCCUGUACCCUCAGCCUCAGCCCAUGCCUCAGCAGACAUAUUACCAAUUCAAGCAGCUUCUGGAAGCCCAAUGGCCCAAACGGCCACUCUACCAGCUCCAGGCCAAGCAGCCACGCUACCAGCCUUUCAUGUCACACUACCAAUCCCGAUUGCCAAGCUACAGUCCCAAGGUGCCACUGUACCAGGCCAAGAAGCUUCAGCACCCCCUGCAGAUCAGAUACCAACAUUUCAUAGCUUCAUGUCGGCACAUCAUCCUUGUUGAGGGGAGCAGGGCAAGUUUCAAACACUACAUUAAAUCUAUGCCUUUUAUUUUAGGAACUGCAGUGUGGAACCUGCUGGACUACUGGACUGACCUUUCAAAUGAACAUUUAGUUUGUGCUUUAUACUCUUGACUACUAAAUGUUUUGUAUGUGCUGAUCCGUUUGAUGCCAAGUUUCUGAGCACCUUUGAAUGUUUUAAACAGGAGUCUUGAGGUCUGAUUUAGCUCAUGCGUUUUGUUUUUUGUUUUUUGUUUGUUUUUUUGUUAAGCCUGUGCAAAAAAUAAUCCACAUCAACCAACACACCAGUGCUUUUCCCAGACUUGUAGAAAUUCUUUGGUAAAUGGUGAAAAGCUGAUACCAAACAAGUCUCUGCAUUCUUUGAGGAAAUGAAUGUUGCAUCAUAACUGUUGUGACACAUGGGGAUUCAUGGUACCCACAUCCAGUCUCUUUAAGAUUUUCUCUAUUUUAUGAUUGUGGUUACUGGUUUGUAGAACUUAUUUAAAUGUAUAAAGGUCUUAAAUUAGUGCACCUGUUUAGUAUAAGCUUGGUGGGGUAAGUAGGACCAGGUGCCCAAUUUCCCCAUAAAGCAGCCAAACAUUUAAAAUGUAACUAUAGGGAGGCAGCACGCGCCCAAGAAGCUACUGCAAUCUCCCAGUUUUUGCUCAAGCUGCAAAGCUGCUGGUGUCUGCUUUCCAGGUACAGCCUAAAUACUAACCAAAUCUGAAAGAGCACUGGACAAAGAUGGGUGUGUGAUUAAAAUUUGCAGAUUAUUUUUAAUCCCUGUAUUCUCACUGCAACACCGAAGAUGCUUAGUUUUUUGCAUUUGAACCACUGUCAUCUGAACUUGUCACAUUAAAUUAAUAUAAAAAGUA